UUUCAGAAAAUGACAGUGCGAUGAAAAACGACACGGAAGUGGCACUUCGCCUGCCGCAUCCAGCUCUCUGUCAGCUUGACUACCAUUAUUGCAAGGCCAGUGAUCUGCUCGCUGACACUACCAACACGAGCAACACCAGUGGUGGGUCUAACCACCGAGUUAUGAAGAGGAAGCUUCGUGACUUCGUAGACAGCUACAGAGAAGAAGAAUUUUACCUUGAACGUCCAGCACCGAAACGUGUCUCACCGUUUCUAAACACGCCCAAACAACGCAAGGACGAACGCAAGCGAAUUGUUCGUUUGUCCGUACAUAAACUGCGGGCAAUGGAAGACCCGGAGAACUUUCUACGGAAGUCCGUCCUAAUCAACAACGUGCUCCGUCGACUUCACCAGGAAAUCCGUGAAGAGAAACGAGGCAAUACACGUUUUAGUGGAAGUCUCGGCUUGGCUUCUGCCGGUUAUCCGUACUACAGACCUCGAAGAAUCGAUUACGAUAUGCUUGGUAACAGUUACUUGCCAACACCAGCUGCUUUUCUCUUUGAUGAGCCGUGUUUCCCGACUGAAACCGAAAAAAUUACCGACGACAUGACCGACUCACUGGUACGAAGUCUUGAGGCCAGUACGCCUCCACCUUCGCCACCAUCGUCUCCAGCUGCAGUUAACCAUUUAACGACGACGACGACGGCGGCGGUGACGGGGGUGAAUAUCACUACCACCAGUCUUGUCACUCCUAUUACCGCCACUACUACUAGUACUACCACCACAACUGGUAGCAGCAGUAGUACUACUACGACUAACAACACUUCUAUUAUUUCUACUACUACUACUACUACUACUGUUACUACUUCUACCGCCACCCCAACUAACAAUACCGCGACUACGACGACGACGACGACGACGGGUGCAACUAAUACAACGUCGUCGAAUUCGCUGCCCGGUAACGUUAGUAGUAAUAAUCAUAUAUGUAGUAGUAGUAGUGGUAGUAACGGCAGUAGCAACUUGUGUGUGAAUAACACUAAUACUAACAAUGACAAUAAUAAUAAUUACAACAUUAUCAAUUUUAACACCUACAAUAACAACAACAACAACAGCAUACACCACAACAACUUUAGUACUUCAAAUUUUCUAACCAGUAGCCAUGUUGGUUUUACAUCAUUUGCAACGACUCCACCUACCGGUUUACCGGAUUAUCGGAAUACCGGAAUAACUAGUGCCGGAAUUACGGUACAAGAGAAGCAAUUAUCAGUUGAUAUGGACGUGGUAUUUAAUAAUUUAAUCAGAGCUUUAGGCGAAACUUAGCGAAAUUGAUAAAUAAAUACAUUUAUAUAUAUAUAUAUAUAUGUAUGUAUGUGUGUAUUAUAUAAUAUAUAUAUAUAUAUAUAUAAAAUUUUAAAAGGUAAUAAGAUAAAAAUAUAUAUAUAUAAUGCAUAGAGACUAUAUUUAAAGUAAUGAAUGAGAUUUGAGAGAGAGAGAGAGAGAGAGAGAGAGAGAAAAAAAAAAGGUUAAGAGAAAUUGUAUGUCAAGUGUACAAAGAGCAACAAAAAAAAAAUUGGAUGAGCGAACGUGAAAAAGGAAAGGGAAUGGUUUGAAUGAAUAGUGUCAAAAUUCAAAGUAAAAUUUAAAAUAUAUAUAUAUA